GAGGAGUCGGCUUCAGGCUCUCGGGAAGCCUCGGCCGGAACAGGGGCAUCGGACACCCGGUAGGAAAGAAGGACUUCCGGUUGGUGAACGGGCAGGCGAGGUGCCCACUCAGGAACUCACCGAUUCCGUUCUGUUCCUCGCUAGGCUUUGACGACUUCAACCUCUCGAUCCACACGGACAUGGCGUCGGUCACCAAGGCCAUGGCGUCCCCGGAGUCCGGCCUGGAAGUCCGCGACCGCAUGUGGCUGAAGAUCACCAUCCCGGAUGCUUUUCUAGGUUCGGACGUGGUGGACUGGCUCUACCACCACGUGGAAGGCUUCCAGGACCGCCGCGAAGCCCGCAAGUACGCCAGCAACCUCCUGAAGGCCGGCUUCAUCCGCCACACCGUGAACAAGAUCACCUUCUCCGAGCAGUGCUACUACAUCUUCGGCGACUUCAGCAGCUGCGAGAACUAUAUGGCCAACCUCUCGCUGAACGACAACGACGGAUCCAGUGGGGCGUCCGACCAGGACACGCUGGCACCUCUGCCUCUGCCAGGGGCCACCCCUUGGCCGCUGAUGCCAACUUUUCCCUACCAGUAUCCGGCCCCCCACCCGUACAGCCCCCAGCCUCCACCCUACCACGAGCUCUCCUCCUACAGCUACGGGGUGGGAAGUGCUGGCAGCCAGCAGAGCGAAGGCAGCCGCAGUAGCGGCUCGAACCGAAGCGACGGGGGCGGCCGAGGGGCCGGGCGACCCAAGGAGGAGAAGCCAGGGGCGGAUUCGAAAUCCGGCAGCGGCAGCGAGUCAGAAUACUCCAUCCGCAGCGGCAGCCAGCGCGGGGGGGCGGCGUUGGUGCCCGGCGGGGAGGGCUCCUCGCAGCGCAGCCAGCACAGCCUGGGGGGCGUCAGCGUGCGCUCCCACCCCUCCCUCCACAGCGCCUACGCGGCCCCCGGCGGAGUGCCCUUGACCUACAAACCGAUGAUGGUGAUGAUGGUGCCUCCUCCUCCUCCCCCUCCUCUUCCUCCCCCCACCAUACAGCCUCCGGGCGCACCUCCGGUGCGGGAUCUGGGCUCAGUGCCCCCCGAGCUGACCGCCAGCCGGCAGUCCUUCCACAUGGCCAUGGGGAACCCCAGCGAGUUCUUUGUGGACGUGAUGUGAUGGGGGACGGACACGGGCUCCGCUUCUCCCCCCCCCCCAAUACCAUCCAUUCCCACCCAAAACCCGCCACCUUGAAUGAUCCAGCCUCUUUUGGGGAGAGGGGUGUCCCUCCCCAAAGGAUGGACCACAAACCCUCCCGGUCCCAGAGCGACCCACUGACCCUUUGGCCCAAACGGGCUGCUCACAGCAACGAGUCGAUCCCUGCGGGGCCGCGAGACACUCCCUCCGGGCUGCCUCACACUCCGUCUCGCCUUCCGCUCCGGGGAUCGCUGGCCAAGCGGCUUUUUCAGGAUCGGCCGUGACUCAGGUCUUCCUCCGACGUUCGUGCCUUGCUAUGCUGAGACAGGGAGGCUCAGCGUUCUCCCACCAGCCUUGAAAAAAAAAAAUCACCUCGUCUUCCGGGGGUCGGGGGGCCGAACCCACCUCCGUCCCUCGUCCGAGUUAUCUUUCUUUUUUUCCCUCCCCCCUUUCCGAGAUUUGGCUUCUGAAGUAGGGGGGUUGCUUCCUUUUCCCUUCCCUUCCUUUGGGUGGUUUGCAAAGGGGGGGGGGUCCUUCCUGCUUCUCUGCCAGGCGAGGUCCAAAAAGUCAAAAUGGCCGAAACAAUGGUACGCAAUUCCCAAUUCCGACCUCGUCCCCGCGGUGGGCACCUCCUCGUCUUGACGGUACUUUCCCGGCCUUCUCCUCGAAGGCGUCUCCGAGCCGGUAACAAUGAAGGGGUCUUUUUUUUUUUUAAUUGUUCUGUGUUUGUUUUAUUUUUUAUUAAGAAAAUGUUUUUUAUAGAUUGUUUUUCAUUCACUUUUUUGGAGGAGGGGGGGGCGUGUUAAUUCCCCGUCCUUUAAACGUGUAUAGGGUAUCUUGUCCCAAGUUGUAUUUUUAACACUACAGCCCGUCCUGUUUUUGAAUUGAGGGGAGGGGGGGGUGUCUUUAUUUCUUUCCUAACUUCAUUUUGAUCCCCUCUUUUGUAUCUUCGGGGGGAGGGGGGGUCACACCCCAAAUGCCACCCUUGAGGCUUGAUUUUCUAGCUUUUCCGUUAAUGUCUCCUCGCCUUCUUUCCUGGGGAGCCUUGGGGGGGCUGAAGGAAAACCCCAGAAGUUACAGAUAAGUGAACUUGGGGUAGACUAUGGGGGGGGGGGCUUUAAGCAGCACCCCCUAUCUUACACACCAGCAUAAUCCUCUCUCGUUGCGAAAAAGCCACAAACUUUCAGGUUAUUUUGUCUCCAAAUUGUCUCCAUGUGGGGGGGUAUAUUGGGGUUUUGAGCCCCCCCAGAGGCUUCUGGAGACCCCCUUCCUGCUCCCCUUUAAGGGGGCGUCCGUCUCCCCACAAAACGGACCGAAUUCUCCCGCUCCCAGCCAUUGGCUUGAUACGGCAGAAUUGGGGAGCGUGCAAACAGCAGAAAGUGGGGUUGAUUUUUGUGCCUGUCCCUUCUCUUCCCCCCCAAAAAAAGAAUCUGCCUCAAUUCAUUUCUCUCCCUCUCCCCCCCCAAAAAAACAGGGUGCAGACUCUGUAUACCAUGGUGCUAUUUUGCCCCGAGCCCACCAAGGGUGUCUUAGAGCGAUGUUUCUCGCCAGCUUGG